UACCCACCAUGGUCACUCAUGAAAAGAUGUCACGAUCCCCCAUCCAAAAAGGCAGAAUCUUCUUAUCUUUAUAACCCUAAUUUACUUCCAUCACCAAAGACAAACUCCAUACGCAUAUAUGAUUCUAAACUCACAGUUAUGAUAAUACCGCCUGUCACAUAUUCUGUUUUUCAAUAACCUCUCUUUUUAUUCGGGGUUUAAUAAUUCAGCUCUGUGCUCUUUCGAUUGUUCCCCCGUAACAACAUAACUACCAUAGCGAAUAGUUAUGUUUCUGUUUUUCAGUUACUUUAACUUGUUCUUCCUCGGUGUGGCCAUCUUCCUUUGUCACCCUUGUUUUCCCGCCAGGAUCGUACCAGAAUCCGUAACCGUAAUAACCUCCGAAUCCCAAAAAACACAAACGCACAACGCCACGUGGCACGAUUUCUCCAAGUUCUUGUACGCCGAGCGAGGCAGCCACGUCAGCGGCAUGUCGGAACUGAAAAAGUACUUCCACCGUUUCGGUUACCUCGCUCUCCCCGAAACAACGCCGAACUUCACGGACACCUUCGAUUCCCAGUUCGAGACCGCCGUCUUCCGUUACCAGAAGCGCCUCGGCCUGCCGGUCACCGGAAAACUUGACUCCGAUACUAUAUCCGCCAUCAUGGCGCCGAGGUGCGGCGUCUCCGACGCCGCCACGCAUGGAAUCCACGCCACGCGUCACUACGCUUACUUCAAUGGGAAGCCGCGGUGGACGCGUGGAACUCCGAUGACUCUCACGUAUGCGUUCUCGCCGUAUAACAUGAUCGAUAGGGUGAGCGUGCCGGAAAUUCGAGCGGUGUUCGAGCGCGCGUUUUCGCGGUGGGCGUCGGUGAUCCCGGUGAGCUUCCGGGAGACGCCGGAGUACGAUAAGGCGGACAUAACGAUUGGGUUUUAUCUCGGGGAUCACGGCGAUGGAGAACCGUUUGAUGGAGUUUUGGGGGUUCUGGCUCACGCGUUCUCCCCUCAGAACGGGAGAUUCCAUUUGGAUGCGGCGGAAAUGUGGUCCGUGGAUUUCGAGCGCGAAGAUUCGAGGGUGGCCGUUGAUUUGGAAUCCGUGGUCACGCACGAGAUAGGUCACGUGCUUGGGUUGGGUCACUCAUCGGUGAAAGAAGCAGUCAUGUACCCAAGCCUGAGCCCCAGGAGAAAGAAGGUUGACUUGAAGAUUGAUGACGUGGCAGGAGUCCAAUCUCUCUAUGGCUCUAACCCAAACUUCACUUUUAGUUCUUUGUUGCAGUCCCAAAAUUCAUUAAACGCUGCAAUUGGCUUGGAAGCCCGUUUCUUCAGAUGGACCACCCUUUCUCUUUCCCUGGUCGUAUUAUUUUUAUGUGUUUGAUUUUUUCAUUACUUGUAUUUUAAUUCUUUGAUCAUAUAUAUGUGUAUGUAAAAAGGAAAAGAAAGCACAGAAAGUAAAGUUCAUUCACGUGGGCGAAGCCCUUGUGAUUCAUCUUAUAUGGGACCUUUGAUUUUUUU